AUGAGCUACGUUAAAAAGGACGAAGAUGCUGAUCAGGUCAUGCUCAAGCUUGACCGCACCACUGUUUUCCAAGAUGCGAGAUUGUUCAAUUCUUCGCCUAUAUCGCCUCGAAAAUGCCGUACCCUCCUGACGAAGAUCGCCGUCCUCCUGUUCACCGGCGAGAAGUUCCCGACGAACGAGGCCACGACGCUCUUCUUCGGCAUCUCCAAGCUCUUCCAGAAUAAGGACCCUUCGCUGCGGCAGAUGGUAUAUUUGAUUCUGAAAGAGCUGGCAAACACGGCAGAAGAUGUCAUUAUGUCUACUAGCAUCAUCAUGAAGGAUACCUCCGUUGGCAGUGACGUUCUUUACCGAGCAAACGCCAUCAGAGCGUUAUGCCGCAUUAUCGACGCUACUACUGUUCACGGUAUCGAACGCCUGAUAAAGACUGCCAUUGUCGACAAGACUCCGUCGGUUUCGUCCGCAGCCUUGGUAUCCUCGUACCACCUCCUCCCCGUCGCGCGCGAUGUAGUUCGAAGAUGGCAGAGUGAAACGCAAGAGGCUGCUUCGUCGACCAAGCAAUCCUCCGGGUUCCUUGGCUUCUCCACGGGUCAAUCCCACGCGAUUUCACAGGCGAACUACAUGACCCAGUACCAUGCCAUCGGACUUCUAUACCAGAUGCGGUCGCACGAUCGAAUGGCCUUGGUGAAGAUGGUCCAGCAGUAUGGCGCAGCUGGAGCAGUCAAGAGCCCGGCGGCAGUCGUCCUGCUCGUGCGGUUGGCAGCGAUGCUGGCGGAGGAGGAUGCAAGCCUGAGGAAGCCCAUGAUGCAAAUGCUUGAUGGCUGGCUCCGACACAAGCAUGAGAUGGUCAACUUUGAGGCUGCAAAGGCUAUCUGCGACAUGAAGGAUGUGACCGAUGCAGAGGCCUCCCAGGCUGUCCAUGUUCUGCAACUGUUCCUCUCCUCGCCGCGUGCAAUCACCAAGUUCGCCGCGAUCAGGAUCCUGCACAACUUUGCGUCAUUUAAACCCCACAUCGUGAACCAAUGCAACCCGGAUAUCGAGUCGCUUAUCUCGAACAGCAACCGAUCCAUCGCCACGUUCGCCAUUACCACCUUGCUCAAGACGGGCAACGAGGCUAGCGUUGAUCGUCUCAUGAAGCAGAUUUCCGGGUUCAUGGCGGAUAUUACGGAUGAAUUCAAGAUUACGAUCGUCGAGGCCAUCCGGACCUUGUGCUUGAAGUUCCCCAGCAAGCAGGCUAGCAUGCUUUCGUUCCUCAGCGGUAUUCUUCGGGAUGAAGGUGGUUACGAAUUCAAGCGGGCUGUUGUCGAAAGCAUGUUUGAUCUUAUUAAGUUUGUGCCUGGAAGCAAGGAAGAUGCUCUUGCCCAUCUCUGCGAGUUUAUUGAAGAUUGCGAGUUUACCAAGCUUUCGGUCAGAAUAUUACACCUGCUUGGUGUGGAAGGCCCCAAGACCUCUCAGCCCACGAAGUAUAUCCGUUACAUCUACAACAGAGUCGUUCUUGAGAACGCUCUUGUCCGGGCGGCUGCCGUUACGGCGUUGGCCAAGUUUGGCGUCGGCCAGAAGGACCCGGAAGUCAAGCGGAGUGUUGCUGUUUUGCUCACACGGUGUCUGGAUGAUACGGACGAUGAAGUCCGGGAUCGUGCUGCUCUCAACCUCCGAUUGAUGAAUGAAGAGGACGAAUUUGCCAACCGGUUCGUGAAGAAUGAAACAUUCGCGACUCCUUUCGAUAUCUCUUCGAUUCCUGUUGUCUCCCACGAGCAGGCCCUGGCGGAGGAAAGGACCAAGAAGCUCACGUCCGCCACGCCGACGCUCAAGGCUCCAUCCACCGGCCCGCCGAAGGCCCAAGCCAACGGGGCUGCAGAGGGAGCAGCCACGGCGGCAGCGGCGACCCAGAAAUAUGCAGAGCAGCUUGCGCGCAUCCCCGAGCUCAAGGAGUAUGGCACGUUGCUCAAGUCAUCCUCUCCUGUUGAGCUCACUGAGAGCGAAACGGAGUACGUUGUCAGUGCCGUCAAGCACAUCUUCAAAGAGCACAUUGUCUUGCAGUACGACAUCAAGAAUACGCUUCCGGACACCGUCCUCGAAGAGGUGUCGGUGGUGGCAACGCCUACGGAUGAAGAAGCGGCCCUCGAGGAAGACUUCAUCGUUCCUUGUCCCAAAUUGGCUACGAAUGAGCCCGGGAUCGUCUACGUUGCAUUUAAGAAGCUGGGCGGCGAGCAUAGUUUCCCUACCACUUCGUUCACGAACAAUCUCAAGUUCACCAGCAAAGAAAUCGACCCCACAACUGGUGAACCCGAGGAGAAUGGUUAUGAGGAUGAAUACCAGGUUGAAGAUCUUGAGCUUACUGGCAGUGACUAUGUCAUUCCCAACUUUGCCGGCAGCUUCGACCAUGUGUGGGAGCAGACCGGCGCCAAUGGCGAAGAAGUUAGCGAGACGUUCCAGCUGAGCAAUGUGAAGAGUAUUGCAGAUGCUACCGAGCAGCUCACCGCUGCGCUCUCUCUACAGCCACUCGAGGGUACUGACGUUGCGCUUAGCAAUAGCACGCAUACGCUCAAGCUCUACGGCAAGACCGUCUCGGGAGGCAGAGUGGCGGCCCUGGUCAAGAUGGCCUAUUCGGCCAGGACCGGUGUCACCACGAAAGUCACGGUCCGAGCGGAGGAGGAGGGCUUUGCAGCUGCUAUUGUGGCGUCCGUGACCUAA